AUGGAAGAAGUGCAGGAGGUCCGACAUGUACAGUUUACUAUCGACCGUAUCUUCCUGCACAUGCCCGAGACCGAAACAUCUCAUCCACGAUUUAUACGCUGUUAUAAGGGACUGUCCGUGGCCGACAUGGUGCUUCUAGGUAACUGUGCAACAACGCGUGAGAAGGGGGUUUAUGUUGAUGGCCGUAUAGAAUUCAUACCUACACACCCGGAGCUUCGAUUCACGUCAAGGGAGACCCCCAUGCAUGACCUUGUUCACGCUAUAUACGGUUCAGAAACGUGGACUGCUGACGCCUACCUACAGCAGAUAUGCAGACACUCUCUGUCUCCGCAAGCCGCUCAUGACAUAUGGAUAUCCUUCGGCGUGCGGGCUUCUCCAGAUGUGCGGGACGAGUACCUAGCCCUAGAGGAGAUGGCCACAACAGUGCGAACCCGAUAUCUUGCAGAUUUGAGGAAGGUUAAGGCUAUUGCCCGGGAAAAGUUGCUGGUCACUUCCAACCCACUAGACGAAGAGAUGAAGCUACAUAACGAGGGCGAAUGCCGAAUUUGCUGUGAGCCGGUUGUUAUCGGUACAUACGUCUCAGUUCUUCAGUGUGGGCAUUGGUAUUGCAAACCAUGCAUCGAUCCAUGGCUUGUCCACAACACCACCUGUCCGACAUGCCGUCAAGGGGGCCUCUCUUCCGACGACGUUCUCGACACUUAUCCUUUUGAACUCUGA